CCAUAACGUAAAAUUAGGAUAUAAAACAAUGGCAGGAAAUCCAGCUAGAUCUGCACAACUCUCUCACACAACGCAAAAUCUACUAAAAUCAUACAAAAGCAGAUUACAGGAUGACAUCCGAACCAUGUAUGAGAACUUCAACGAAAUUAUACGAUCUGCAAAAAUAACAACAGAUGAAAAACAACUCGUACAAAAAGAAUCGCAAGGCUAUUUUGACGUUUACCAAAUGAAAGUACGAGCUGCAAAUAUUGUUCGCGCAGGAGAAUCAUUACUAAAACUCAUAUCGGAUCUCAAAACUUUUGUCAUUUUGAACGAUUUCCCAAGUAUAAAUGAACAAUUAAAUCAGCAGAAUCAAGCAUUGAAAAACACUGGUGAUCUUUUACAACAGAAGAUUAUUGAAAUGAGAGAUGAAUUUUCUUCUGCUAUGAUAGAUCUUGAAAAUGAAUAUUAUAAUUCAUUAAGAAUUCCAGUCCGUAAACCCACAAAUCACAGCUCUUCUAUGCAAUAAUUUUAAAUACAAGAUUUCCCCAUUUGAGACCUCAUCCUAGAAUGGGAAAUUUUAUAACUGUCUUAGGAUAAGGUAAGAGGCAGCUCAAUCAUAUAGGAAAUCACAGCCUCUUGUGUUAUAUACAUGCCUAGGUUAAAUAUGAGAAACUAAUACAUCGUUUCAAAUACCAAGAUGGUGGAGGAAGUUGUAAUCCGCCAGCAUUAUGUAAACAACUUUGUAGCAGUCAGGGUGACCAGCAAUCUUCUCACAUAAUUAUCCCGACAGGAUUAAAUAUUAACACUUUCAUCCCAUAUAGUGCCAUCUUAUCUCUGAAAUAUUUAAAUUUCUUGCAUGUUUAUUCUUACAGUGCCUCUGUUAAUUUUUUGUGAAUUGAGUUAUGAAUGGUAACUCACUUUUAUUCAUAUUUCUACUUGAAUCAAAUGAAUUGUCUUUGUAUUGAGAGACUCAGAGUUGAGGUUCCUAACAUAGUAUAAGCCUCAUUUCUGGAUUAUUUUGUAUGUUUCUUUUUUGUUCAUUAUUGAUUUGAUUUUUGUAUGAGUUACGGUAUAUUUUUAUUUUUGAGAAAAUUUGUUUUUCAUACUGGUAUUUGGUUAAGGCUGUUCUGUGUGUAUUCUGAUUUUGAACCAUUCAAAAAAAAUUGACUUAGUAGCAAAAUUUGGUAUCGUGCUCUCCUCAAAAUUUUCUGACAUGUUUCUUAGGUUAGAAUAAUUCAAAACUUAGGACAAUUAACCUGGGGUAAACAGAAUCAAACGAAGAAAUAAAUGUAAUGGUGAAGAAAUAACGUAGUAGCACCAUAAAUUUGAGUAUAAAAACAUUGGCUUUGGAGAGCAUUUUCGUUUAAAUUUGAAAAUUAUGACUCCGUUGAAAUUCACAAUAAGACUCCCUAUUCCUAAAACAGCAAAAACACUAGGCCCUAACUCCACAGCCCUGCUUUGUUAUCUCGAGUACUAGUGCUUAAUACAAACUUAUCAGGCAAUUUUUCUAUUUUUUUUUAAUUCCAUUUCUCACAGA